AUGGAGAGCAAGCCACAGUGGAUUCUCGCCCUCUAUGUCUUUGUUUCCUUCCAAAUAACUGGCCAAUCAACAAAGGCUGAUGCAGACGGCGGUAAUUCAGGUUUCAUAAGCAUAGACUGUGGAGCAAGCACAGAUUACGUAGACGAAGUAACGGGGAUUCGGUACCAGACAGAUGAAGACUUCAUUGGAAGCGGAACAAAUUAUGAGUUACCCCCCAACGUUAACUUCCACAAUGUUCCAACCAUAGAGCGACAGCUAAUGACACUGAGAAGUUUUCCGGAGGGAGACAGAAACUGUUACACUCUGAAACUAAAACUAGAGAAUCAGGAACACAAGUAUUUGAUCAGAGCUAUAUUUGCAUAUGAGAAUUAUGACUACAAAAGCCAAGUUCCAAUUUUCGACCUCUACGUUGGAGUCAAUUAUUGGGACACAGUGCGAUUAGCUGCCGCGUAA